ACUGCUGGGUGUGGAGACUGUGAUUCUCACCAACGCUGCUGGCGGUCUGAACCAGGACUAUAAGGUGGGCGACAUCAUGAUCAUCAGAGAUCAUCUCAACAUGCCUGGAUUUGCUGGAAACAACCCUCUGUCUGGACCCAAUGACGAAAGGCGUGUUUACGUGUGCUUUAAGCACUGUACUCAGGACAUGCAGCUGUUCUGACAUGCAGAAAUUCCACACCUGCUUCUGUACAUGUUGUUCAUAAUAUAACCUUACCUCUCUUAGGUAUGGGGUUCGUUUCCCCUGCAUGUCUGACGCAUACGAUCGAGAGCUCCAGCAGCUGGCGCUCGACGUGGGUUUGGAGCUGGGUUACAAUGACUUCCUGCGAGAGGGUGUGUACUGUGUUCUCGGAGGACCGUCGUUCGAGACCAUCGCUGAGUGUCGCAUGCUGCACAAACUGGGAGCUGACGCUGUCGGCAUGAGUACGGUUCACGAGGUGAUCGUGGCACGGCAUUGUGGGAUGCGUGUCUUCGCUCUGUCUUUGAUAACUAAUAAGGCGGUGAUGGACUACAACAGCGAGGAAAAGGCCAAUCAUGAGGAGGUCCUGCAGACGGGCAAACACAGGGCGGAGCAGCUGGAGAGGCUGGUUUCCACCAUAGUCACCCGGCUAGAGCAAAACAACAAUCUCGCUUAAGACUGUUCUCAGAUCAGAUCAGACCAAA